UUCUCUUACAAACUUAAUUCUCUCAUUUCUCUGCUUUCCCAUAAACCUUGCAAUACAUAUUAAAUAACAAAAUCUUCCAUGGCUGAUCCUCAACACCAACAACAAAGGCCUGGCCUCGAAGGCUUCAAAGGCGUUCUACCUGAAAAGGGUGGUGGCCCUACAACAUCGCAGAUUAUAGCGGUGGUCACCCUGUUACCUCUCAGUGGCACCCUUCUCUUCCUAGCAGGUAUCACUCUCACCGGAACACUCAUUGGGCUAGCGGUUACCACCCCAGUUUUCGUGAUUUGCAGCCCGGUUCUGGUCCCAGCAGCCUUGGUCAUUGGCUUAGCGGUGGUGGGGUUCUUGGCGUCUGGAGCUUUUGGGAUCACAGCACUUUCUUCCUUGUCGUGGAUGGCAAACUAUCUUCGGGAGAUGAGGGGGAAACUGCCGCAGCAGAUGGAACAGGCGAAGAAGCGCAUGCAGGAGACGGCUGGCCAAAUGGGCCAAAAGGCUAGAGAGACGGGGCAAGCUGUCCAGAGCAGGGCCCAAGAAGGCACAAGGGGUACUGAGGGAGGCAGGACAUAAUUAUUCAAGGCAAUGGGUAUAAUAUUAUGUUGAGUGUUGUGUUGUCGUUUGGUAAAUAUUUGGUAUUAGUUGUGAGUUUGAUGGAUAUUACAUGUAAUACAUCUUAUGUAAUAAGACAGUCUUUGUACAAAAGACUAGGAAACAUAUUACGGUUUAUGUUCAAUCUUUUUGUUGCC